CCACAAGCAAACACAUGAUAAACCAAACAACGGUGACUGAAUUCAUCCUUCAAGGAUUCUCUGAUAUGCGAGAACUACAGAUUUUACAUUUUCUGGCGUUUCUCACUCUAUACUUAGCAACAUUGAUGGGAAAUUUCCUCAUCAUCAUAACCGUAGCCUUGGUUCAUCACCUUCACACCCCUAUGUAUUUUUUCCUGGUUGUCUUGUCAUCAGUAGAUGCCUGUUUCAUUUCUUCCACUGUUCCCAAAUCCAUGGUCAAUUCCUUUAUGAAUGACAACCGGAUUUCUUUCUCAGGAUGUGUCUGCCAACUCUUCUUUGUUGUUGCAUGCACUACUGCAGAAGUUUCCCUGCUCACUGUCAUGGCUUAUGACCGCUAUGUCGCAAUCUGCCAUCCUCUACAAUAUACACUGAUCAUGAACUGGAAUGCCUGCUUCCAAAUGACAACUAUUGCUUUGAUUUUGAGUGUAAUCAAUGGAAUGAUACAAACAGCAAACACAUUUAGGCUACACUUCUGCUGGUCCAAUGUAGUUGAACAAUAUUUCUGUGAUAUCCCUCAGUUGUUAAGGAUAUCUUGCACAGAUACCAAAUUCAAUGAGAUCUUUACUUUUGUCUGUGUUCUUACUGUGGGUUUUUUCUGCUUAGUGGUCAUAUUGGUUUCCUACAGUUACAUCUUCUCUGCUGUGUUCAAAAUCCAGCCAGGCCGAGGGAAGUAUAAAGCUUUUUCUACCUGCAUCCCACACUUGACUAUGUUUUCUCUUUUUGUCUUUACUGUCAUGUUUACUUAUAUGAGACCACAGGAGAUGCUGUCUCCAUCUAUAGACCUGUUAGCUGCUGUUUUGUAUGCUGUUUUGCCACCACUCAUGAAUCCUGUCAUUUAUACCCUGAGAAACAAAGACAUUCAAGUGGCUCUAAGGAAGAGGAAAAGUUUGAAUGUGACAUAA